AUGGACUAUCUCGAAGAGCAAAAACAGGAGAUCGAAAUCCUCCAGUCGAUCUAUCCCGACGAGCUGGAAAUAGUAUCGGAAACGAGUUUCCGUGUUUCAUUGUUGCUGGACACAAACACUGAGCGCAAACACACGCUAAUUCUGAAUGUUCGGUAUCCAGAAACAUAUCCUGAAGUGGUUCCACAGCUGCGGCUGGAAAAGACCAGUGACGACGUUCCAGAGGAGUCUUUGAACGUGGAAGAGUCCGUGGAGCUCGACAAAGACGAUCUGUUGGACCUGGAAGAGUCGUUGAAUAGUAAUGCGCUGGAAAACGUGGGGAUGCCCAGCGUUUUCACUCUCACGUCGCUAUUAAAAGACGAAGCAGAGACUCUAUUCCAAGAGAAAGUGGCCGCAAAGGAAAAAAUGGUCGAACAAGAACGACAGGCAAGAGAAUACGAGGAACAGAAGAAGUUUGCGGGAACUAAACUCACAAAGGAGAAUUUCGCCCAGUGGAGAGCCAAGUUCCGUGCAGAAAUGGGUAUCGACACCAGACUCGCCGAGAGAUUCAAGUUGGUCCAUCAAGGUCGACUUACAGGUAAGGAGAUCUUCGAAAAGGGUCUUGCCGAGGAGGCAGAGGAUCUGUGA